UAGAGGAGAGGACAAAAGACCAAGUACCACAUCGUAGAAAGCUGAACAACGAUAAAACUCAAGCAAAUAUCCAACUUUUGACUUGUGUUUACAACCUCAUUUACUCGACCUGGGAGCAUUCAAGUAGUGAGGUCGUAAUUAUUAACCCGUUUUACUUUGGUGGAUACAAAGCAGUUAAAGUGUUAAAACCAUGCAGACCCCAAAGACAAGAACUAGCUCCUCUGAAGUGCCUCAGAAGGUGUCACCUCGUUCUGCACGCCAAUUAAGGCCUGCUGCAUUAGACACAUGCUCUGUGUCUUCGUUAAACCAAACUAAUAAAACAUCAAAGGAUAGAAGCCCCAAAGUCACUGAGCGCAGAUCACCCAGAAGCCCGGCUCCUGAGAGGAAGCGCCCUAGCAGAAUAUCUGAAUUAGAAUCUCAGAUUUCUCAACUAAAAGAGGACUUGAAGGUGUUGAGGGACCAACUCAGUUUGUCUGAAUCAUGCAAGAAGCAAGCUCAGCAAGAUGCUGAGGAGUCCAAGGAGCGAUUGUUUGUCUUAUCUCUUAAACAUGAAGAAUCUCAGCAGCAACUUCUGAAGCUCUCUGCUGCUGAAGAAGCUCGUGUUAUUGAGCUCCAAAAAAUUGCAGAAGAGCAUGAUAGGGCAUGGCAAUCCAAGCACAAGGCAACCCAAAAGCAACUCUCAGCCAACUCUGCCGCGCUGGACUCUGCCGUUGAUGAAAUUCAGCAGCUUAAGGUUCAACUUGAAUUGGUAGCUAAUUGUGGGAAUGCGCAUACCCAACUUGCAGAAUCAUCAGAAGUGGAGCUACUAAACUUGGAGCAUAACAUAGUUGAAUCUCUUUCUCUUGUGGAGAACAUGAAAAACCAACUCGGGGAUUGCAAAGAGUCAGCUCAGGCCCAAACUUUGGUCAAUGAGACCUUGCGGCAACUUGAGGCUGCAAAAAGAACUGUAGAGUUCAUAAGGGCUGAUGCUGCAAAAUCUGUGCAUGGCUACAACAAUGCUGCACUAGAGUUAGAUCAGUCUAGAGCACGGGUGAACUCACUAGAGGCAAUGUUAAGCAAACUUGAGUUAGGCCUCAUCAGUAAUAAAUGCAGCCAUUCUGGAAAUCUUGCAGAUGAUGGUAACUUCAAGAAGGAAGGUGAAACAUUGGAAAAGGGAGAAGACCCUAUUCACAUUGAAGCAGAAACUUAUUCUUUGAGGUUCGAGAUAGGACGACUGAGGUCUUCCAUAGAGGCUGCUGAGGCUAAAUACCAGGAAGAACAGAUUCGGAGCUCGGUGAAUAUCAGGAAUGCCUAUGAAUUGAUCAACCGGAUAAAAUCAGAAUCAAGUCAGAGGGAAUCUGAGCUAGAGACUGAAUUGAAAAGAAAGAAAGCUGAUAUUGAAGAGUUGAAGGCAAACCUAAUGGAUAAGGAAACCGAGUUUCAAGGUAUUGUGGAGGAGAAUGAGAAGUUGAAUUUGAAGCUUAAAGAGAGCAUGUCAUCCCAAAGAGAACAUGGACUUAAAAAGGAACUUAAAAGAUUAGAUGAAUGUGUGGCUGAGUUGAAGGGUGAUCUGAUGGACAAGGAAACAACAUUGCAAAGCAUAUCAGAAGAGAAUGAAAUGCUGAAGUUGGAAAUCAAUAAGAGGUUUGCAGAAGGUGUUAAAGUGAGGGAGGAAUUUGCAGCAGAACUAGAGGUAGCUAAGGCUGCAGAACGCGAAGCUGUAAUGAGACUUGGCAUUGUGAUGGAGGAAGUAGAUAGGAGCAACCUGAAGGCAGCAAGGGUAGCUGAACAACUGGAAGUAGCACAAGCAACAAACUCAGAAAUAGAAGCAGAACUGAAAAGACUUAAGGUGCAGUGUAACCAAUGGAGGAAGGCUGCAGAGGCAGCUGCUGCUAUGCUUUCAGCAGGGAACAAUGGGAAGCUCACUGAGAGAUCAUUGUCUUUGGAUACCAACUACAAUCCUCUAACGAAUAAGUACUCAACUUUUUCUGAAGACAUUGAUGAUGAUUUCCAGAGAAAGAAAAAUGGCAACAUGCUGAAGAAGAUUGGGGUCUUAUGGAAGAAACCUCAAAAGUAGUCACUGUCUGAUUUCAUGACUCGCUUUGGAUAUGUAUUCCAUUUAUAUUGUGUUACUAUAAUGUUUUAUGUUAUGCAAUUUUGUCUUACCUCUAUUCCCCUUUUUGUUCUGUA